AGAGAGAAAGAGAGAGAGAGAGAGAGAGGGAGAAAUCUGCUAACCAAAGCACACUGCCGACUGCCAUGGCGAGCUCAGAUGCAGGAACGUCGGGGGGAAGUGAAUAUCUAAGUGUUCAACCCGAUGCCCGCUCGGGAUUCACAGAUUUCCUCUAUCAUUCUUUGACCGAUGCUGGGAUCCACGUCUUCCGAGACCACGAAGAGCUCCGUGUGGGUGAAAGGAUCGAUGCAUCAUUUAUGCGAGCCAUUGACGAAUGCAGUAUCUACAUACCCAUCUUCUCUCGAACCUACGCUUCGAGCCAGUGGUGCCUCAGAGCUCUCGCAGAUUGUGACGAACACCUUAAAAUCAGAAGGUAAUAAAGAGAUCCUACCUAUUUUCUACUACGUCGAACCUGACGAUGUCAAACUGGAAACUCCGUUAUAUUGCGAUGCCCUGCUCAAUUUGAAGUGCGAGAAGAAAUUGAGGAAUGAGGAAGAGAAGAAAUUGAGGAAGGAGGAAGUAAAUGCGUGGAGAGAGGCUCUUACGGAGAUUGAUCCCAUAAAGGGGUGGGAAGUGAAGGAGGACACAAGCGAGGGCGAACUGAUAAAAUUGGUGGUUGAAACAGUCAUUCAAAAGCUAAAGACAAAACAGAAACCGGUGAUUCAACGUUUCAAUGGAAUUGAUCAGCGGAUACCAGCAAUAAGCAACUUAUUAGACAUUAACUCCAGUGGUGUACGAUUAAUUAAAAUCUAUGGCAUGGGUGCAUUAGCCACCGUGAUCGUCAUCUUAGAUCACAAGCAAGCAUAG